GCUCGUACCGGAUGGGUCGCUCUGCUGGCAGUAUCAGAGCUCCACGGCAUCGCGGGGAGCAGCAAGCAUGGGAUACCGGAGAUUUUACACAACUACCGAUGUCUACACGCCCGCCCUCGCCCCCGUCCAACACGCUCGCGCCCUGCGAAUGGCACCAUACUGUCCCCCAUGAACCCUGCCGACUGCCAUAACACCAUGUUACAUACCACCAAGACCGGCACCUAGCAGCCCAGCUACUCCCUCUCGGCCCUCCACGCGUGCACUGCCCGCCUCGGCUCCGACCUGUCCACUGGCAACGCUGCCCACGUCCCCGUCUCCGACGUCCUCCCCAUGGUGCACCCGAGCGACCCCGUCCGCGGCGGCUGGGACAUCUCCGGCGCGCGCAUGGACGAG